AUGUCACUCUUCGAUGCCAGCGAUGAGAUAGAAUCUGUUUUGUUCGUUCAACGCGAAAUGUCUGGUCAGCAGUCAUAUAUUCUCGCGGCUGAAUGGGGACUAGAAAACCCCUUGUGGAAAGGGCGCCUGCGAGUUCUAGAGAAAGAGUCGACCGGUGUGGUUAUCGUCCUCGAAGAUGGUCAAACGGGAGCUCCAUUCGCCAGGGCACCCUAUACCGAUGAUUCUGCUGUCCAGCCUGUACUUGACUCGAGUCGCUAUUUUGUCUUGAGAGUGCAGGACCCAAACACGGGAAAUAAAGCCCACAUUGGGAUCGGUUUUACUGAUCGCGCAGAAUCAUUUGAUUUCACAGUUCACUUUAAGCUAACUGUAAUUCUCAGACGGAAGGAGGCUCCUGCCAAAUUGGAAGAGUCAGCUGUGCCUAGUCGACCAAAGGUGGAUUACUCCCUGAAAGAGGGCCAGACGUUCAAGAUUUCAAUACUAGGAGGGAAAGCGGCAUCUAGCUCCAACGCUUCUUCCUCGACCACAGCGUCCAGUGGUGGGGCGAUUCCUCUACUCCCACCGCCACCUGGUGGGGGACGCAGGCCCUGA